AUGGCCAGUAUGGCGUAUGGCUGCGCCCAUAGAGUUUCCUAACUCUAUGGCUGCGCCCACGACCGGCGUUGUACUGCCAUUGUGCUGCUGCGCCCCUCUCAUUGUGGUGAAAGUUUUUAAUAGAUGUGGCAUGUGAGGUCAUACGCGUUGUUUAUGGCCGUUCCUCUUUAGCGUUCGUGGUCAAAGAUAGCGCACGGCUGUUUUUUAUCGUGGUUAACUAGCACGCACCGUAAGAGCAACUUGUGAAGUUUCGUUGUUUCAAAUUAAAAUAGUGAACCAGUGCGGUGUCAAUCAGUGGUAGAUGUGAAAUACCCGACAUUCAUAUGUUGACUUCAACGAGCUUUGUCACCGAUCAAGAGACAACUUGACAACUUAGCUGUGUAGGUCCAAGAUGCACGCGUCAGGCAGUAUCAACCUGACCAGUCAAGGUACUUCAAGUGCCCUGGUCCAUGCAGCCCUGGCAUCUUGCAGUCCACAACAGCAGCAGCAACAGCAGCAGCAGCAGUUAGGUGCUCAGGCUGCAGCACUUUAUCAUGCAGCCAACCCUGCGAUGGCCAGCAUACCUCACUGGGCAGCCCCAAUGGCAGCACCGCCAUUUCCAGUUGCCCGUCCAACCAUUCCCCCACCCAUUCCCUACAGAGCUGUGCCUAGUGCAAGCUAUGAUGCAGGCAUGCUCCGUUCACAAGGGCAACUGCCAUUGCAGGCACAGCCACAGUGGAACACAUCCUGUGUCCCUGUUCUUCCAAUCUCUUCUUUGUCUAGUCAGUAUCGCAGCUAUCAGGCUGCUGCUCUACAACAGCUGACAACUCAAGCUUACUCAAGCACGUCUAGUCAGGCUUGUGCAAGCUGGAAACAAGCAAAUACCAGUGACAUGAAAAGUAGCAGUAUGGAGAGACGCAGGAGCUCCUAUCGCAGCAGGGACAGGUCACGGGAAAGGCGAAGAAGUCGUAGCCGGGAGAGACACCGCCGGAGUUCGCCUGGUGGCAGGCGAGAUGUCCGAUGGCGCUCACGAGAUGGUUCUUCAAGGCGGCGUAGUUCACACCGAAGCCUGUCACAUUCCCAUUCACCGUCUUCGAAAGACCACCAUCGUGACUCAUCUCGCCCAAGGUCAUCUAAUUACAGUGGGGCUUCAUCACUUUCCCACUCUUCACGAAGGCUAGAUCGACAUACAGACCGAAAACGUGACUACCAUGAAGAGAGACGGAAGAAAGAUGGAAUUGAAGAGAAGGAGAAGAGGCGAAGCAAAGGCAGGAGUGCUUCAACAAAAACUAGCAGACAGUGUCCAGAGGAAGGUGAUCAGACAGACGAUGAAAUGUCUGCUAGUCAGGAGCCUGAGCCAGAUGACCCAGAGGAGGAAGAUUAUCUUUUGGAGUCUGCGCGCUGGAUUCGUAGCAGUCCUGCAGAACUGUACUACCAAAGAGAUGAAAAGGUUUCAGGACUUGUGACAGGAACAGCCAAGCUACAGAUCCUGCAGGACAAGUUCAGGCAUGAGUUGGUGGAACGAGCAGCAUGGGUGAAAAGCAAGCAAGAGCCAUACAAUCCUCCUCCUCGAAAGAACAAGCUCUGCAACCCCAAGUCACAUCCCAUUGCUAACCCUGGUACAAGUGAUUCUUCAAGCAACGAAUCCGAGUCAGAUGAUGACAACGCCAUGGAGGAGUUAGAAGUAAAAAGAAAGCAUCCAUACCGACUGCAUCAGGAACUGUGGUACAAUGACCCUGGAGAGAUGAAUGACGGUCCUUUGUGCCGAUGCAGUGCUAAGGCUCAGCGGUCAGGUAUUCGGCAUGGAAUUUAUCCUGGUGAGGAGCCACUCACUCCCUGUGACCCCAACACUAACAACGUUGGACGCCUGCACCAUUAUCGUAUUGUGGUCACUCCUCGUACAAAUUUCACCAUGAAGUGUCCAACCACCAUCAAGCAUGAUGGACAUGAAUUUGCAUUUGAGGGCUUCUCUCUGCUUUCGCACUGGCCACUUCCGAAGCUGCCUACAUGCCGAGUGAUCCGAUUUAACAUUGAGUAUGCAGUACUCUACCUAGAAGAGCAGAUGCCUGAGAACUUUACUGUUGAAGGCCUUGAGCUCUUUACACGUUACCUGUUCUUUGAAGUACUUGAGAUGCUUGACCUCGAUUGGCAUGCGCAUGGAGAUAAGGAUGGGUGCCCUCGAUUCCACUUCAUGCCUCGCUUUGCACGAAAAUUAGAAGACAAUGGGAAGGAGUUGCUGUCACUGAAUGUUGUGCUGAACUACCUUCUAACCAAGAAUGUGCCCCUGGUGUCAGCUGAGGAGCUUCCCCACCUCUAUGAGACGUCCCAAAGCAAGUGGCAGGCAUAUGCUGACCAGGUUAAGGGCAUGAUUGUUGUAAAUCCCGGAAUGAAGCCAUGUGCUCUUCGCGUGGAUCAGCUGGAUCGAGAGUUGUGCAAUGAAGAAGGCACUGUGUUUCCAGAGAUUGUGCACUUUGGCAUCCGACCACCACAGCUCAGUUAUGCUGGGAAUCCCAUGUACCAGAAGGCGUGGCGAGACUACGUAAAGUUUCGUCAUCUGCUUGCCAACAAGCCCAAAGUGCUUUACACUGACCGGCACAAGCUACUCCAGAAGGAAGUCAAGCUUCAAGAGAUGAGGCUCAAAAGCAACUUGAAGAGGGACGUUACUGUGGUAGUAAGCAGCAAGGGCUUCUAUCGGACAGGCAUCAUGUGUGAUGUAGUACAGCAUGCCCUGCUGCUUCCCGUGCUUGUGUGCCACCUUCGUUUCCACAAGUCUCUGGACUUCCUGGAAAGCAUCAUCGGGACUGAAUUUAAGGACCGUUAUCUUCUCCAGCUGGCGUUAACACAUCCAUCUUACCGGGAGAACUUUGGCACUAACCCAGACCAUGCACGCAACUCACUGACCAACUGUGGCAUCAGGCAGCCUGAGUACGGGGAUCGGCGCAUACACUACCUCAACACACGAAAAAGAGGCAUCAAUACCUUGAUCAACAUCAUGUCACGCUUUGGCCGACAAGAGGAGACGGCAUCCAGCAUCAGCCAUAAUGAGCGGUUGGAGUUUCUUGGUGAUGCAGUGGUGGAGUUUCUCUCAAGCAUCCACCUUUUCUUUAUGUUCGCCGACCUUGAAGAAGGUGGAUUGGCCACCUAUCGAGCUGCCAUUGUCCAGAACCAGCACUUGGCCGUUCUUGCUAAGAAACUGGAGUUGGAGAAGUACAUGCUUUAUGCUCAUGGUUCAGACCUCUGCCAUGAUUUGGAGCUGCGUCAUGCCAUGGCCAACUGCUUUGAGGCACUUAUGGGUGCCCUUUUUCUAGACAGUGGCAUCAAAGUGGCUGACAGGGUCUUUUCUACAACUCUUUUCUCGGAGCCUGACCUUCUGGACGUCUGGGUCAACUACCCACCACACCCCUUGCAGGAACAAGUGCCUGAGGGUGAUAGAAAGUGGAUUGACUCCGUUCCGCUGCUGAAGAAACUGAAUGAGUUUGAACAGCUGACUGGCAUUGAGUUUACCCACAUACGACUGCUGGCCAAAGCCUUCACUCACCGCAGCAUUGGAUUCAACAACCUCACCUUGGGCUCAAACCAGAGGCUAGAAUUCCUGGGCGACACCGUUUUGCAGCUGGUUGCUUCUGAGUAUCUCUACAAAUACUUUCCAGAGCACCAUGAAGGCCAUUUAUCUCUUCUCCGAAGCUCUCUGGUGAACAACCGGACACAAGCAGUAGUGUGUGAUGAUUUGGGGAUGGUGGAAUACACUAUAUAUCCAUACCCAAAGGCUGAGCUCAAGACUAAAGAUCGUGCUGACAUUCUUGAAGCUUUCUUGGGAGCACUGUUUGUUGACCAGGGUUUGGAGUACUGCAAUGCAUUCUGUCAGGUGUGCUUCUUUCCACGGCUGCAGGACUUCAUUCUCAACCAGGACUGGAAUGAUCCAAAGAGUAAGCUGCAACAGUGCUGUCUCACACUGCGAUCUAUGGAUGGUGGAGAGCCAGACAUACCCAUGUACAAAGUGAUUGAGUGUAAGGGACCAACCAAUACCAGGGUGUACACAGUGGCAGUGUACUUCAGGAGAAAAAGGCUUGCCACAGGAUCUGGUCACAGCAUCCAACAAGCUGAGAUGGCUGCUGCCUCAAAAGCUCUGGAAGCAUCCAAAGAACUCUUCCCCCAACUGAGCCAUCAACGAAGAGUCCUUGAAAGAAGUCUCAAGCAGCGAGUUCCAGGCAAGGAGGAUGAACACAAUACUCCGACAACCAAGAAAUUGCGAGACGACUCUUCUGCAGAUCCACGAAGCAGGCACAAUUCUUCGUCAUCACGAUCACAUAGAAGUCUUGACAGAAGGAGGACAAGUGGCGAAAGGAAGAGGAGGUCAAGAUCAAAGAGCAGGGACACCCCUAAAGCAGAUGACAGAAAACCAAAGGAAGUGCUGUGAUUCAUCAGUUUCAGUGCACGCUCAUCUUCAUCUGUCAGUAUAUAAACAGUGAAAUGCAGCUUUCUUACAGCAUUUCACUGCAGCAGUUUUGUUAUUUAGAGCAAAAGUGUGACCAUGUAGCCAAACAGUAUCAUUUGUGUGUUUUUCGUGUGAAGUGCUCACAGUAUCUGAUGUUAUUUGCAUGGAAGCAAGAAGGCUUGGAGCAUCAAUCGAACAUGUGUUUGUAAUAGUGUUUAGAUCAUUGUUGAAAUGUGUGUGCCUCACUAAUACUGGUGUCACAUGGAUAUUCCAAGGGUUUUGAAAAGGUAACCUAUCGACUCAACGGCGAUGUAGGCACUGCCACACGGGCAGUUUCAACAGUCGAGUCACUAGUCUGUUGAGUCGACGGAGUUGUGCUGAACUCUAUCGAAAUCUAAGGCCUUUGAACAGUGGACACGGGCAUCCUCUUUCACUUCGUGUUUAUUGUGGUGAGUGGUAAGCGAUACUACACUCAGUGAAAAAGAUUAGCAAGAAAGUGUUUGCUUUUCUUGUAGUAGCAACAAGUGCAAGUCUCAUGCCAUGAUGAAAACACUGCAGCCAGCAGCCUCAAUGUUGCCAGAGUGCUCAAAUAAAACUGACAACAAUCCGUACAAUAUGUAAGAGUGUGACCACCACCUAAUUAAAGAUAGUACACUUCAGUAUGUCAUUUAAAUUCCUUGCAGCAAUGAAAACUCACUCUUUAGGUUCAGUAAAUCCUCGUUAUAACGAAGCAAAUGGGACGACGCAAAAUUUGAUAUAAGAGGUGAUUCGAUAAAAGCAACUACACCAUAAAAGCUAACAAAUUUGAGCUGAAAUAGCACAACUCUGCAGAAUUCUAAUAUGGGUGUCACAUAGCGCAUUUUCCAUCACGAUCAAGCCAGAUCAGGAUCGAAUUUCUCAAUUGCGAUUGGCUCCUUCACGUCAAACUGCCUGAGGGAGCCAAUAGGGUCUCGGGUCAGGUGAAUUUGGGCCCACUAGACAUGCAGAAGGCGGCACGGAGUAACAUCCCAAACUUUGGACAUCGCUUGCAUGUCCGCACAGCAGGACAUUAUUAAUGCUGCGUACAUGUUACGGACAUAUGCCAGAACCUCUUGCACAGUGUUUGUCAUAAUGUCAAUUAUGGUCGCAUUAAAUGCUGUGUUACAGAUGCAAUUAACGGCCCAUGCUUAAAAAAGAGAUACAUUGUGUGCAUGCACAUGCCAUGAUGGCGUAGUGGUUAUGAUGUUGCGUUACUAAGCCCGAGACACAGGAUCGAAUCCUGGUUGCAGCGGUCGCAUUUCAAUAGGGGUGAAAUGCAAAAACUGUGAAGACCUGUCAGUAAACUUAUUAGGCAUCUCGGUGUUCGUACUGUGACUAGAGACUGCGCAUGUGCGUCUGUAAAUUAAGGAACAUGUGCUAUGUCCCACAACAGUAACACCUUUCCCAGCUUGGUAUGCUUCACCGCAUAACUCUUCUGCAUUGUGGCGAAGCUAACUUUAAAGGCAAAUACUGUCAAGUGAAUUGACUUGUUUCGGCGUUUUUUUAUGUCCUUUGUUUAAUUCGACCUGCCGGAUAAUUCCACCAGUUUUGUCGAUCCCGUCAUGAUCGAAUUAAUGGAAGUCUACUGUAUAUAUAAGCUUCGUGUACCCUAUCAUUUUUAUGCUUCAAAGAAAUAUAUGUAAAAAGAUACCUAGUUUCUGUUCAGUCCAGCAUUCAGUUUAAACUUUUCUCUGUUCGCACAUUACUAGUGCAUACUGACUUCUGGAUGAUGGUUGAAAAGUAGGUACUUAAGAAAGUGAGAAAUAUGGGCAGAAACUACCAUGUAGGCCUUUUGUACCAGCCUUGGUUCGUUGAAACAAUAUUUCAUACUUCUGUAGUUGUAGAACUGAAGUCCAACUUGUUGCAAGCCAAAAAUAAAGAGCAGUGCUGGUAUGUU